GUGGCGAUAUGACUUUCAAUGGAGAAGCAAGGAAUCGCCUGUAUCAUGAGAAGCCUGGUUUUACUUUUGCUCUUACAUAGUCCUGCAUAUGGAGACGAGAGAAUAGACUGCAGCUCGGUGGCGGCCUACAACCUGACGGCGGGCUACGCCGAGCCGCAGCUGGUCGAGGUGACGUGGCUGACGGACGUGGACGGCGGGCCGUGCCGCGGCGCGCGCUACAGGGUGUGCCUGGGGGCGGCGGCGGCGGCGGCGUGCCACGACGUCAACACCACCUCCUGGCGGGGGCGCACCGACCGCACCUGCGCCGACUACUCGGUGGCCGUCACGGCGUUCGACCGCGGCGGCGGUCCCCUGGCGGCCGUCAACGCCACCUUCCUCUCCUCGCCGGCCGCGGUGGAAGACCUCGCCGUGGGUUCGAGGACCUCCAGCUCGCUGCAGCUGUCGUGGCGGGCCCCCCCGGGGGACGGCUGCGCGGAGGGCUACCAGGUGCUGUGGCGGCUGCGCACAGAGGUGGUGAACGAGGGCAGCGCCGUCGUGGGCCCCAGGGCCACCGGCUACGAGGUGGCGGGGCUCCGGCCGUGCACCGUCUACGAGCUCACCCUCCUCACGCUGUUCGGCGGGGGAGACGGCGCGGCGCAGCGCCUCUCCGCCUACACGGCGGCGCACGGUUACCCCGCCAUGGUGACCGACCUGGAGGUGACGCGCGCCACGUCCGACGAGGUGUCGCUGGCGUGGACGGCCUCCGCCUCGCCCUGUGUGGCGGCCUACAGGACGUGUUUGCGCCGGUUCUUCAGCGCCAACAAGACGUGCUGGGUGCACACGACGCGCGCCUUCACGACCCCCGCCACGCUGACGCCAUGCACCAACUACAGCGUGGGCGUCGCCGCCAUCGACGUCGGUGGCCAGGUCUCCGCCGAGGCCCCCAGGAGCGUCGCCACGGCGCCCGGGGAGGUGAGGAACCUGACGGUGGCCAGCCGCGCCGCCGACCACCUGGUGCUCUCCUGGGAGCCGCCCGUUGGGGACCGCAGCUGCCUGGCGGGGGUCGAGCUGCGCGUGCGCGGAGGGUCCGCCGCGCGGGAGACGGUCGUCACGCUGGGGCCCGGAGAGACCAGCCACCGCACCUCGGGGCUGGACGCCUGCGAGGUGUACGACGUUGAGGUGACGUCGGCGGGGCCCGGGAGCCUGCAGAGGUCACGCGCCGCCCGACUCGCUGCAUACACGGACGUCGCGAGUGAGCAAGCGUCGCGUCGACCGACUGAGCGACUAGCAGUUUCUCGGACACAGUGGCGUAGCUAA